UUGUGUUUUGAAGUGGUGUAAGGGCUUGUUGACUUGUUGUCUUGCCGAGAAAAACGCCUAGGGAAAGUUGUGUAUGAUCUACAUAAAUAAAAUAAAUUUACAGACAUGUUUGGUGUAAUAGUUUCUGGAAGACUGGUGCAAACAGAUUUUCAACAGUGUGACCAAACAAAAUUUGCAACAACUAUUACAGAUGCAGAUUCAAUCAAUCAUGUUGUGGUUUUUCUAACAGGAGUCCAAUCCUUUCCACCAGGAACUGGUGGUUUAGUCUAUUUCAGCUGGCCAGAACCAAAUGCACCUCCUACAUGGCACUUACUUGGGUAUAUAGCAAAUGAGAAACCUUCUGCUAUUUUCAAGAUAUCUGGAUUGAAGAAAACUGUUCCCCAUAGUGAACUGACACCAUUUGCAUUUGGACAGCAAAUGAUGUCACACAGUGCACAAAUUGGAAUAUCGGUGGAACCUCUUUCAAAUGUUCAUCAGCAGGCGGCUCUCAUCACCAAUCAGGCAGCAUCGUCCUUUUUGGAAUUUGGUCAGAAAAUGAUCCAGAACUUCAUAAACUUCACAUCUAGUUUUGCUGUAACAGCCCAGCAGAUUAACCCUGUGUUAAAUGAGACAUAUGUGCCUUUAUCUACUUUGCAAACCUGGUAUACCAACUUCGAACGCCGAUUGCAACAGAAUCCAUAUUUUUGGAGAUGAAGUGACAUGUCUUUAGGCUUGGCUACAUUGUUUGACCUUAGAUGUAAUUUGUAUGCCACAAAAUUUGAAACAUGAAUUUAAUUUCAGGAUAAAAUGGAGGUGACAGAAUUGGUACUAUAUUAAUUCCUUCAAAUGUCACCUUUUCUGUAGUAUGAAAUUUAAAUAACGAUAAAUUGAAAUAUUUAAGUGUGUGUUUUAUAAAAUUGGAUUGUUGGAAGGUACUUUAAUGUGGGCAACAUACUGUGUUGUAGUUUCUGGCAUUAUUGAAUAAAUAGUGUGUUACUAUUUAUUCAUAUAUAUUUUUUGCACUAUCAGAGAGAAGUGCAGAGAGCAGAAGGUAUUAGUCGUGCCCAGCACAAAAAAAUAUUGUAGUGAAAGGACCAAGAAAGAGGCAACUUCUCUACAUCAUGCUGGUAACUGAACCUAAGAAACUGCACCUUUGUUUACCCCCUUCAUUCAGAACAACUAUGGAUUUACAGCCAGCCUGCAAAGGCAACAAACAGUCAUAUAUUCCAUGUACACUGCAACUUGAGACUGCUCAAACGCAGUACUAAGAAGCAGCCACCAACUGUCAACAGUACAAUGGCUGGAAAAACCCGAAGCAUGUACAGUGUAUGCCCAAAGAUUCAAACUUUUGCCAACUACAACUUACGGAGCCAAGAGCUAAAGACAAAGUGAACAAAUAGUAUGUGAUAUUAUCAUAUUAACAUAAUUUUAAUAAUAGUUUACUUUUUAUUGUGCAUUUUAUCCAUAAUUCUGAAAGAAUGUUUUUUUUUUUUUUGUCAGUUGAUGUACUUAUUUGAACGAUAGUAGUUUGAGAAUGUGCAAUGUAUACAAUUCAUUAUUUUUUGUGUGUACAUAUUUUGUUUCUAUUUGAUCAUUGAUUGAUGUCUUUGAUUAUGAGAGUCCAUGUUGAAUGUUGUUCUAACAACAGUUUCAAGAGCUGAUAAUUUGACAUGUACAAAUUAUUUUUUGAUGUGAUAUUAUACUCUCUAGUUAAUGCUAACACAGGCUCUCAGACUAGUCCGAGCAAAAUAAACUGUGACUGGUAAAUUUCAUAUUUCUGAUUAGCUUAGUGAUAAGGUUGAUUCACACUGGCUGUCGUACAAUGUCGCAUCAAAAGUUUCCAUAAUGUUUUUUGCAAAUUUCAGCAAUUGCAUCAACCGUUGAUGGAACUUCAAUGUAAAAGCAAAGGUUGUCUAGUGUUUUGACUGUUAACGGAAUGAUGGCAUAUCAUGACUGCAUGAUCUAGUACAGUCCCAGUAUUUUGUAUAUUAACCUGUUAUCAUCGUGCUUAUUUAUGUUACUGACUUUUGUCCUUUAUAAUCUUUAUUUUAUUGCUCACAAAGCAAAAAUUUGUAUAUUAGUGGGAACUUCUCCAUCAGUAGACAGCUCUCAUUACCAUUUAGUCAGUGUUGUCCUCCUUGGAAUUUCCAUAAUCCUGAGGCUAAAUCUUGAUGUUCUGUAAGACAGAUGGUUUCACAACACAACUGAUUUGACUUUUGACAUUCCAUCUUGUGUGAGCCAGUUGCCACUUACAGGAGUAGUAGUGUUCCAUGAUGUGACAUUCCAUUGAUAUCCAGUGUGAAUUACUGAUUGCUCUAUUCUCAGUCUUUAUGUUCCCCAUGAAUUAAUUUUAUAUGAAUUCAUAACUACAGUAAAAUUCUAAUUUACAUACAUUUGUUCUCUGUAAACUUGUGGUCGACAAAUGACUGUACUUUGAUAAUAGAGCUCUUCCACUCCCCCCCUUUCCCCCAAGAAGCAGAAAAUCACAAAUGUUCAAUCAGUUUUCUGUUGUGUGGAAAUUAAUACCUCAGUUUUGUUUGAAUUACUGUGAGAAUGUAAGUUAUAUGCUCUGAGUUUCCAUUAUUGUUAUUUCACAACUUAUUGUAUCCAUAAUGUUUGUCUGGAUAUUAUUAUUUUUGUAUUCAGUGAAGCAAGUUAAAUUUAUUUUUGUGCUUUUUUCCCCCUUGUAAUGCUGGUGUAGUUACAGAAUACAAGUUUGCAUGUUUUAAAUAUUGCUGUAUAGACAGAUAGUUUGGGAACUUUUAACUAUAUUUAAGGUGAAAAUUUGACAGACUUCUGUUGCUGUUGUUUGUGAACUAAAAUGUUUCUAAGAAAGGUCAGAAGUACUCAAAAGCAUGAAUAACAAUACAGUAUAACCAGAAACAAAGAUAAUCAUUACAAAGGAAAUAUAUGUAGCCACAUACUAGAGCUGCAAUAUGUCUUUAGCGUACCUUUCUGUGGAGGGACAGGUGGCCAUAUCUUCACUUGCUCUCAUUGCACAAGAAUUGUAAUUUAAUAACAGUGAUUGCAGCAAGUCCUCGUUACAUGUAACAUUUGUGAAAUCUGUUAUUUAAUGAUGGGAGGGUAGGCCAUAUUUCUAUAUAUGGUCUGUGAUACAUAUUUAUAAAAAGUGAGUCACAGUUAUAGAAUCGCAUGACACAUCAAUCUUUAUUGAUCCAAUGAACAGUGGCAUUUGUUCUUGCUUUGUGUGUGAAAGCUUUCUUGACAUGUAUGUGGUGUUAAAAUAAUAGUAGAUUGAUGGUAAGAGGUAAUUCAUUUUUAAAUGCUUUCUACAUAAUAGUCUUAGAGAAAUAUUUUUAAAAUGUUUAAAGAUAAUCUUUUCUGGAUAGUAACUGGCCUUCAUAAUUUUUCUGAGAUAUAGAAAGUAGAUUUAGUCCAAAGCUUAUUAAACAACAUAAAAACACUUACUUAAAAAAAUUGAAAUAUCAUAUUUUGAAGAGAUUUGCACAGCUAUAGUAGCAGAAGGUAAAUUUUAUGGACAGUGACCUAAUCCCAGCUCCUUAUACUACCAAUUUUUUUUUAAUUUGCAGUCAUUAAGUAGUGAGUAAAUAAAGUGAGUGUAAUUGGUGAGUAAGUUGUAAACCAGCUGUUGCAUAGUCAUAAAUUAUAUGCUUGAG